GUCGCAGUACCAUACACGUGCCACCGCGGUCCAGUAUAGUUGUACGUAUUAUAUAAUAUAAGCUAUAAUAGAGUAAAUAAGUAUUGUAUAUCAGUGCGCAUUUGUCUAUUAUAUCAGUGCGUCCUGGGCCGUAAUCUUCUGCAACAAUUUUACGCGUGCAAGCCAUCUGAAAAAGUAUUCUCAUAUCAGCAAAACUAUGUAAACAUGUGGUGUUAGAUUUUAUAGAAUUAGAAUGAAAUAAAGUGUGAUAUCAUCAAACCUAAAGAUCAUAACAACUCAACGGAGAAAAUGGAAGUGGUCAUCGAACAAGGUGUUCUAAAAGGAGUUCAAAACAAAACGCUAUUGUCCAACAAACCUUACGUCAGUUUUCUCGGCAUACCCUACGCUAAACCACCGGUUAACGACUUAAGAUUCAAGCCUCCCGUCAAACAUCCCGGAUGGUCCGGCAUUUUAAAAGCUAUUUCGGAAAGGGACAGAUGCAUGCAAUACGCAUUCGUGGCGAAUGAUAUCAUUGGAAGCGAAGAUUGUUUGUACUUGAACGUAUUGGUGCCACAGAAUGGACUGAAUGAAAAACUUGCUGUUAUGAUAUUCAUACACGGAGGCGCCUUCAACUAUGGCUGUGGGUCAGUAAAUGAACAAUCCCCCGAUUACUUGCUCGACGAAAACGUGAUUGUCAUCACGUUGAAUUAUCGUUUGAACGCCCUAGGAUUUUUGAACUUGGAUAUUGACGAGUGUCCUGGUAACAUGGGCUUGAAAGAUCAACUAUUUGCUAUUAAAUGGAUAAAAGCGAAUAUAGCUGCGUUUGGAGGUGACGUAAACAAUAUCACUAUUUUCGGUGAAAGUGCUGGAUCGGUGUCUGUUCAUUAUCACACGAUGUCACCACAAUCCACAGGUUUAUUCCAAAAGGCAAUCAUGCAAAGUGGAUGUGCUUUUAAUCCGUGGGCAUUAAAUGAAAAUCACAGAGUCGCAGCCUUUAAAUUGGCCAAAAAUUUAGGGUGUCUAAGUAGUGAUCCCAACGAAAUAGUAAAAUAUUUAAGAAACGUAUCAGCUAUUGAUUUAGUGAAAGAAACUAAAUUCAAGGACGACAAUGGUUUUCUGGAUUACAAGUUCGUCCCAUCUAUUGAAAGUGAUAUGGUCAGUGAUCGAUUUUUACCGGCUCAUCCUAAAACUUUAGCCACCAUUGCAUCUCCAGUACCCGUAAUCGUUGGACUUAACAGUAUGGAAGGAAUUAUAGCAUUAAGUGAGUACAGAUUAAGUAAAUUUUCCGAUCUUCAAAUAACAGAUGAAAUCUCAAAACUAUUUAACAAUCAGUACAGUACUGAAGUCAUAAGUAAAAUAAAAGAUUUUUAUUUCAAUAAAUGUAAUAAUAAUUGUGAAAUAGCAAAGUUGGAAAAUAUAUGUCACUUGCACAGUGAUGUAUUUUUUGUCAAAGACUUUUAUCGUGGCUUCGAUCAUUUUCUGAAACAAAACGUCACGCCGGUUUACAUAUACGAAUUUAAAUUCGACGGAGAACUUAAUGCUAUAAAAAACUGGAUAUUUGCUACGAGACCAGUUCUUCGACACGCUUUAAAAGGUGCAUGCCACGCGGACGAAAUUUAUUAUUUGUUCCGUAAUAAUCUGUCUGGAGUCGUACCAAAACCCAACUCUCCAGAACUCGAAAUGUGUAAAGCGAUGGGUAAGAUGUGGUCCAACUUCGCAAAAACAGGUGAUCCCAAUUCGCUGGAUUUAAGUUUCAAAUGGAAUUAUGCAAGUGCAAGUGACACUAAGUAUCUGUCAAUAGAUGGAGACAGAACACAAAUGACCCAAGGGAUGAUAAACAACAAUAGAUCACGUUUUUGGAAAGACUUAAUAAAAGAAUCCAUUGUUUAAUUAAAACCCUCAAUCGUAUUAUUCGUAUUUAAUUAUUGUUAUAUAAUAUAUAAACCCACAUAACAUUGAUUGAAAACAAUUUUUUUUUAGACUUUUUUAAGUUUACAUUACAUCGAAUUUGUAUAUUUAAACGAAAAAUAACGUUAUUAGUUUAUUUUUGUAUUUUAAAAGAUAUUUAUCUUAAUAAAUCUUGUAUCUUACCAAUUUCAGAUAAAUUAAAUUUUUUUUAUAAUAUUAUGUAUGUAUAACUUUAAUUUUGACUUCAAUUUGUAUACAACUGCACAGUGGUAUAUCAAUAUCCAAAGAAUUUGCAAAUUGAUCACUACUUUGAUCAUCUGUGACAAGACAUUACGUCAAUUUACAAUCAAAAAUUCAAAUUCGAUGGAAAACUUCUGUAAAAAACUCAAAAAUAGCAUUUUUGCUACGACACCGGUUCUUUGAAUUGUGAUUAUAGUUUAUUAUUUUUUUUUUUUAAGUGACUACUAUUUGUUAUCCCUGUCGAUAAGUGAUUUUCACUUUUUUAAUAUUUUUUUUUUUUACAUAAAUCGACAUAUUAUUUAUAAGUUAUAACACUUAAUUUUUGACUAUUUUUCUGGCCUUUAGUUGAAUAGUUUAAGUACGUUACUAUUUAACUAUUUUCUUUGUAUAUUAUAUAAAAAUCAUAAAAAAAAAAUUAAGGUCUAUAAAAAACUUAGAACAUUAAAAAUUUGUUUCCAAGAAAUAAGCCGUACAUUGAACGUAUAUCUAUUUACAAUUAUAUAAAUGCGCAAUAAAUAUUAAUAUAUGAAUACAAACAGUCGUACAUGUCAAGCAGACAAUAUUAUGUGAUUUUGUUUCACUGAAAGCUGUUCGGGAUACCUAAAUUACACAAUAUUUUAUCAAUUGUUAGUUAUUAUAGACUAUAGUACUGCAUUAGUGCCCAAUUUAAUGUUUUUUUUUAAAAUGGUGCAAAAACGAAUUUAUCCAAAUCAAUAUUUUGGAAGUUACCUAUAUCCUUCCAAAGUUUGCGAUUUUAAGUUUUUACGUAUGUGCACAACGUUGUACUUUAAUGUCACACGUCGCUCUAUAACGAAUUUUUUCAAUUUUUUUUUUUUUUUUUAAAUAAAUCGAAAGUCAACUAAAAAUGUACAUUAUAUAUUAUACAGGUAAGUAUAAACACUAGAUAACGUAUUCUGUGAAUAAUGAGUAAUAACGUUAAACUUAUAAUAUUAUAUUAAAUGAUGAGGUGAAUAGGUUAUUAUCGAACCGAAAAUAUCGGAUAGAGAAAUUAUAAAUUAAAUCGUAAUUAUCGUAAUUCUCAACAUUCUGUAAUUAUGUAUAUCUCCAGUAUACUCUCGCGUUCAAAUGAUUUUACUUAUUAAGUUUCAAAGUAAAAAAACCUACUAACAGUUAAAUAACAAGUGUAGUGGCUUCCUUCGACUACCGGCUCCAGUUGCCCGACUCGGUCCUCCGGACCUCUAAAAUAAACAAUCAGAGGAAGGUGGUUAGAGACCUCUUCGGGGUCCUAGGGGGACCAGCAUACCUUCUCUUCGGGCAAUCGCAGUAACCUAACAGACAAUCCUAACCUACCAGUGAAAUAAAAAAAAUAGUCAGCUCCUAUGACUACUAGCUCUGGUCACAGCUAUAAACCUGGUCAGUCGAUGAUGUUAUGAUUUCAUUAUCAUUCAUAAUCUAUUAAAAUAAUAUAUGUAAAAUAAAUUGAAAAAUUAGUUAUAGACGCGGCGCGUGGCACUAAAGUACAGAGUCUUGUACUUUUGCACAUAUACGUAAAAACAUAAAAUCACUAACUUCCAAAAUAAUGAUUUGCGCAAAAUCGGUUUUUGACACGUAGUAGCUAAACUGCUAAAAUUCAAUUAUGCCAUAUAUUUAUUUAAAUAAAACAAUAUCUCAUUAUCGACAAAUACCUAAUAGAAUAUAAAUGGAAUACCAAAUUCGGCGCACGUCGCUUAGCAGCACUGGUGCUUACGCAUUCGGGACGCACACCACAUUACCGUCACUACUCUACUCAGUCUACUCUCAGCCCUCAGACGACAUUGGUCGUUGCUUGGUCCCACGGGCAUCCGUUUUACCACGCUGUACACCAGUAGGCACGGCGCCAGGGGGGGGGUAAGAUGGGGCUCUAGCACCCCCAGAAAACAGUUCAGCCUCCUCGCCAGCCCCCCCCCCACUGAAAAAUAUGUACGAUAUAAUAAGGUCAUAAAACAUUAUCAAUUGAAUUUAUUAUAAAUUGUAAUAAUUGAAUUAAUAAAGUUUGAAAAAAUAA